AUGCUAGUUGGAAGAGUAAGCCAUUGGUGGGAAUCCUCAUCACGUACUCGCACCGAGAAGGAACAACGUAAUUUAACUUGGGACCAGUUCAAAAUGGAGCUAACGGAGAAGUUUUUUCCACAAGCUCUACGAGACUAUAAGGAGGCAGAAUUUUUAAGAUUGGUACAGGGAGAUAUGGAAAUUUUCGAGUAUGAGAGCAAGUUCGAGGAAUUGUCUCGAUAUGCCUCACAUCUUGUAAGUACUGAGCUAAUGAAGGCAAAACGUUACGAGAGGGGCCUGUACCCAGAGAUCAGGCAGAUUGUGAGUUCACACGAUCUCACCACUUUUCAGGAAGUUGUGAAGAAAGCUCAAAUAGUAACCUAUUCGGAGAUGAAGUUGAUAAUUCAGGGACAGCGUAAUGACUUUGGAAAAAGGAAGUGGCAGGAUAAGAAUAAAAAUUCUGGACAGUUUAAGAAGCGAACACUUGUGGGCCAGUCAAGUAAUCCUCCAUCCCAAUGUUCUAAAUGUAACAAGUUUCACAGAGUAGAAUGUCUGUAUGGAAAGUAUACUUGCUAUAAGUGUGGCCAACCUGGCCACGUGGUUUUCUCAUGUCCAUCGAUUAAGAAACCCGAACAAGAGAAGAAAGGAAAAGCAAGGGUGUUUGCUCUGACUCACGAUGAGGUUGCCCAAAAUUCGGAAGUAAUCGCAGGUAUUUUAUCCAUCUUUGGAAUUCCGGUUUAUGUCCUUAUUGAUUCCGGUGCAACACAUUUGUUCAUAUCUAAUGAAUGUUUAGCUAAGAUUAAUGCUUCAUGUAAGAAUAAUGAUAAUGUACUAGAGGUUAGUAUGCCAUCAGAAGGAACUAUUGAUACAGAUAGGAUAGCGACGGGGGUACAAAUAAAUUUUGAUGGACUGAUGUUAGAAGCCGACUUGUACGUUAUAAAGAUGAGAGACUUUGAUAUUAUUUUAGGCAUGGAUUUGUUAGGUAAAAAUCGAGUCACGAUAGUAUGUUUUGAGAAAGAGGUGAUUUUUCAAAGAUCGGGAGAAGAGGAAUUCAGAUUUUAUGGGUCGAAAGUUAAGGCACUUCCUCGCGUCAUCUCAGCUUUGAAGGCAAAAAGUAUGUUGAGGAAGCCUGACUGCCAAGGGUAUCUUGUCAGUCUUAUCGGCACCUCAUCUCAAGAUAAAAUAUUGAAUGAUGUGCCAAUAUUACGGGAGUAUGCUAACAUGUUUCCCAAUGAUCUACCGGGUAUUCCGCUCAAUAGACAAGUGGAAUUCACGAUAGAUUUGGUACCUGAAGCUACUCUUGUGUCUAAAGCUCCAUAUCGAAUGGCACCAAAGGAAUUACAAGAGUUAAAAAUGUAG